CUCUCUGUUAUCCUGUCUGAUUCAUUUCUAGAACCUGUUGCCAUCCACCGAUCCACAUUGCCAUCCACUGAUCCACGUUGCCAUCCACCGAUCCACGUUGUGGUUCUAACGGAGGUUCCAUGGCGGUGGAAUUGGGCAACGACUCCACUUGCAACAGCUCCUCAGAGUACAAGCACACCACCUACGCCGUGGUCUACAGCCUGGUCUUCAUCUUCGGCCUGCUCGGCAACGGCAGUGCCCUCUACGUGUUCUGCAAGCUGUCCAUCAAGAACCGGCUGUCCACCAUCAUCCUCAUCAAUCUGGCCGUGUCCGACCUGAUCUUCAUCCUCGCCCUGCCACUGCGCAUUGGCUACUACAUGCGGGAGUUGUGGUCCCAGUCGGGCGGCGGAGGUAGCGGCAGCGGAGGUUCGACGGGCUUGCGUCCGCACACCGAGCGUGAGGUGGACGUGCUGGACCUGGCGUGCCGGGUGUCCACCUACCUGUUCUACAUCAGCAUGUACUGCAGCAUCUACUUCCUGAUGGCGCUGAGCGUGUGUCGCUACCUGGUGCUGUCCGGCCGCCUGCGUCACCAGAACCGGGUCUACUGCCGGCGCGUGCGCCUCCUGUGCGCGGGCAUUUGGACCUUCGUCGUGACCAUCAACGUGGCGUACGUGGCGGCCAUGGACGGCUUCCGGGUCAAGGCGAGCGGCUGCUUCGAGCCCAGCGGGGUGGACACCUGGAACUUCCUGUACCGGGUCAACACGCUGACCGUGGUGGUGGGGUUAUCGCUGCCGCUGGUGCUAGUGCUGGCCUGCUACGCCCUGAUGAUCCGCCACAUCCUGGCGGCGCGGGCUGGGCGGAGGAUGCGCGACGUGGUGCUGAUCUGCCUGGUGCUGACGGUCUUCUGCCUGUGCUUCCUGCCCUAUCACGUCCAGCGCACGCUGCACCUGGCCUACUCGCGGGAGCCCGCGCCGUGCGAGAGCCGGGUCCAGCUGGAGCGCAGCGUGGUGGCCACCCUCUGCCUGGCCGUGGCCAACAGCGUCCUGGACCCGCUUAUCUUCCUGUUCGUGGGCAACGGCUUCCUGCAGGCGGUGCGCAAGACGCUGGCGGCGGCGGUCACUGGCGGUCACUGGCCCUGGGGGAAGGGCAACGGCUUCAGCUCGUCCAGCAGGGGCACCACAUCCUCCCCCACGCCUUCCUCCCCCCACGCCCAGCAGCUUCUGGUCUUUGUCCAGCCCCCGAGCCCAAAGCAGGACAGAGGAGACGAUGGCGACAGCACUGCCCUGUAGUGACCUGACUCAUGAAAGCAUCAGCGAACAUGCCACCACCUCACAGCUUGGACUCAACUCAGUUAGAAUGGCAGGUUUACGACAAGGAGGAGAAACUUUCUAGAAGUUCUAGAUAUUUCUUUGGUAUGGCCCCAGAACAUUUAACCUUUUGCAGUUUGUUUAUACAAGUCAGAUACAAUGCAAACAAAUGGCUGAGCAAGAGUCAGAUUGGAUCAGAGUAAUAAAAAAUAACUAAGUCUACCGUAAAUCCUCAAAUUGUGACCGGAGUCUUUUAAUAACUUAGGCUGCGCAAAGCACAAGUCUUUAUUUGGGGCUGGCUUAUAUUCAAGGUAGGACAAAGUGAAGAUCCGCACACUGUAG